GCCCAAGGAAGAUACUAGAAUAAAAGCAGGAUCAACUCCACAUAAAAAGGGGCACUUCAGCACUAUGAAUAUGUUAGUUUGUGCCUAGAACUAGACUGCUUCAAAUCGGCGAUCCUUUAGUUACCGCCAUCGCUGGCGCUCGUCAGGAGAGCUUCGGGCAAAAUUAAAACGAGUACGUUGGCGCAAUUCAUCCUCGUCGGAUCACCGGCCGCUUGUUUUACCAUGGCCUCCGCAUCGACAGCAGUGACUCUCGGGCUCGGAGAGUCCAUUCCGUUUUUCGGUUGCAGCGACCGCAUGGAUUUGGAGUUGAUGGCGGUACCCAGCGCCAGAUUUGGUUUUUUCCGUUGCAACUGCCGCACACGUGCGAACUGGCUCAACCCACACCUCAAUGGCUCGCAUCUGGAAUGUGUAGCGCACAUUCUUCCUUUCGAUUUCGUCGACAAGGCGCUUCUCGGAGCGGAAGAACAACCGCAAAAACAAGUUGCGGGCCACAUAGCAGCAGAAACUUCGUCUGAAACCGCUGACAUAUUAGACAUUGCGUCGCCACAACCCAACUUCGCAACCUUGGUCUUGGGUCAAGUUCUUUCGGAGUUUUCUACAGAACAAAGUCUACAUCAGACACAUGCCGGUGCCGGAUUGCGGCAUAACGAACUUCCCGGUCUAUUCCUGAGAAUAAGGGACUUCGAGAAAACGAAAGUUGGAGUUGCGAUUGAAGACGUGGAUGCUGUGGAAAACCCCGCUCUUGCACAAGACCAGAAUGCACAGGGCACGGACCCAGCAACUUCUCUCCCGACAGCACGCGUGGUGUCCUUUCGCACUAGUUCGAGCGAAAAGUCUGAAACCUAUCGCUACAUCUUCACACCGGACGAGAAAGAUCUUUUUGGCCCAGACGGAGAACUAAAACCGGAACGCACAGAGCCGCUCAUAAAAGAAACGCACCUGCGGGAGGCGAUCUUCGGAGGUCCUGGUGUGUCAGACGGGACGGAAAUAAACAAAAGUCAAACUGAUGCUCUUGAAAACGCUGUCUGCGUUUGCAUCGACGUGUGUGACAAGGAAGUUCUAACGGAUGACAAUACCCUUUCCAACUUUGUGGAAGCCGGCGAUGGCGAACCCGAAGCGAGCGGUGAAGGCGAAGACGCUGCAGUGAAGAACACCGAAAUACUGAAACAGCACCAACAUCGUCUCCGGACUACUCACUGGGCGUAUCUGACGAACGAUGCGUGUGAGUUUCUGCGAAACACGUUCCCGCAAAUGCGCGUUUUGUUGAUCAACCAGGUCAGCGUGGAAAGGGAGACGUCUGGAGGCGGCAUGAUGAACCACCGGCUGUUGUUCGGUCUGGAUCGGGAAAACGACUUGUCGGAAGCGGAUAUGGAAGUGUCAGAAUCGAAAUCGACAAAGUCGAAAAAUUUGCGAUGCACAAAAUCGAUGCCAGUUGGAGCCUUAGUUUCCAAGUGGCGCAUUACAAAUUUCGGGACCACCAAAAUCCAGUCUGUCAUGCUGUUUGGGCAAAGCAGACUGCUCCUGUCAUGCUACUCUGGCAACACAUUGCAUACCCCUAAGCAGGCUCACAAUCGGUCUCAUUUGCCUGCUCCCCAAUACAGGCCUCGCGCGCCCUACAUUUUAUGCAUCACAAAUUUUUCGAUUUUGUCGAUUUCGAUCCUGACACAUCCAUAGCGGAUGUGCGGAAAAUUCUUCCGAACAGCUUACUGGCAUCGAAGAAUGGUGAAGGAGGUGAUCAUGACGGCGGUGGUUGUAAGGCUGAUGUUUUGUCUAACACUCCGCCAUUUCUGAUUGGCGAAGGGUUUAGCUUCAAGAACUUUGAUGUUAACGUCGGGGGAGCAGGUUCUUCGGCUUCGCUUGUCGCGGUCUCGUUCGAACCUUAUCAAGAGCCAGAUCUUUCGUGCACUACAGAAACCCCGAAAAGGAUGCCAAUGCAGUACUUGCAACGCGAUGUGCUAGCGGUGAAACGCUGCGAGGUGCGGGAACUACGGGCAAAUAAACCUGAAAUAUCCUUUUUACCUUCCGUGGCUGGAGCAGCACGAACAGCUCCAUGUGGUCGUCAUGGGUGAUCGUUAUUGGUGCCAUUUGUAAAGCCUGUGUUGCGG